CCUCCCUGAUUUUUUUUAACUUGCAGUCAGUUGUUCGGGCUUAUUAGGAAAAGAGGGAGUUGUCCUACGGCAGAGGAGAGUUUGGCUCAGUCAGUUCAGAGGGAUGCAGAUCUUCUGGCUUUAAUUUACUGCAAAGUCGAGCUUAUUUGACAGGCAUCCUCCCGUUAGGUCCCCUGCGAGGAGGAGGAGGAGGAAGAUGGAGACGAACCCCAUCCCGGUGUUGACGGUCCAAACCACCCCCUUCGACGACCAGCGGCCCGGUACCAACGGGCUGCGGAGGAAGACGGCCGUGUUCGAGGGGAAGAAGAACUACUUGCAGAACUAUGUCCAGAGCUUGCUGUCCUCCAUCGACCUGCGAGACCGACAGGGCUGCACCAUGGUGGUGGGCAGCGACGGCCGCUACUUCAGCCGAGCCGCCACCGAGGUGAUAGUUCAGAUGGCAGCUGCAAACGGGAUUGGUCGUCUGGUGAUCGGCCACAAUGGGCUCCUGUCCACCCCGGCCGUGUCGUGCAUCAUCAGGAAGAUCAAGGCCAUUGGUGGCAUUAUCCUCACGGCUAGUCACAACCCUGGAGGCCCUGGUGGAGACUUUGGAAUCAAGUUCAAUGUGGCAAAUGGAGGCCCAUCUCCGGACAUUGUGAUGGAGAGGAUCUAUCAGGUGAGCAGAACACUCGAGGAGUACGCCAUCUGCCCGGAUCUCCGCAUUGACCUCUCUAGGCUGGGAAGACAAGAGUUUGACCUGGAAAACAAGUUCAAACCGUUCAGAGUGGAGAUUGUAGACUCGGUCGACGUGUAUCUACAGCUACUGCGAAGCAUCUUUGACUUCCCUGCCAUUAAAAGUUUCCUCACAGGACCUGGUCAGCUAAAGAUACACAUAGAUGCUAUGAAUGGAGUGAUGGGCCCGUAUGUACGUAGGAUCUUGUGUGAUGAACUCGGAGCCCCUGCUAACUCUGCCGUCAACUGUGUCCCCCUGGAGGAUUUUGGCGGCAGACCCCCCGAGCCCAGCCUAACUUAUGCCACCUCUCUGGUAGAUGCCAUGAAAGGAGGCGACUUUGGCUUUGGAGCCGCAUUUGAUGCAGAUGGGGACCGGUACAUGAUCCUCGGAGAGAACGGCUUCUUCGUGAACCCAUCAGACUCUGUGGCCAUCAUGGCUGCCAACCUUUCCGCCAUCCCCUUCUUCAGACAUCACGGUGUCAAAGGAUUUGCCCGGAGUAUGCCCACAAGCACCGCCCUUGACAGAGUUGCCAAGGCCAUGAAACUGGCACUGUACGAGGCUCCCACAGGCUGGAGGUACUUUGGAAACCUGAUGGAUUCUGGGCGUUGUUCCCUCUGCGGGGAGGAGAGCUUUGCGACAGGCUCUGACCACAUUCGUGAGAAAGAUGGCUUGUGGUCAGUGUUGGUGUGGUUGUCCAUCAUGGCAGCUAGGAAACAAGGCGUGGAGCAGAUUGUCAGAGAGCACUGGGCCAAGUUUGGACGCAACUAUUUCUGCAGGUUUGACUAUGAAGGCUUGGAUCCACGUGCAGCUUUUUACCUGAUGAGGGAUCUAGAAGGAGUAAUCUCAGACAAAGCGUUCACCAGCCAGAAGUUUGCUGUCGGGGACCACAUAUACAGCGUGGAACGGGCCGACAACUUCGAGUACAUUGACCCGGUGGAUGGAACAGUGGCUCGAAACCAGGGUUUAAGGAUCGUCUUCAAUGACGCCUCCCGCCUGGUGUUUCGUUUGGGCGGGAGCGGCGGAGGGGUGGGUUCCACCAUUCGCUUGUACGCCGAGAGCUAUGAGAGGGACCCCGAGAGACACAACAGAGAGACACAGGUGGUGCUGGGUCCUCUCAUUGCCAUCGCCCUGAAGAUCUCCAACAUUCACGAGAGGACAGGACGCCGUGGUCCGAAUGUCAUCACAUGAGCAAAAUACACAUGCAUCCACCUGCUCACACUGACGAAAAAAUGCCUUCAAAAUACCCUUUCCCCAGCAUUUCUUUCUUUCUUUCUUUCUUUCUUUCUUUUUUUUUGUAAAAAAAAUCAGAUCUCUGCAGCUUCAGCCUCAUGUUCCACUUUCUUUAAACCGAAUGUUUCCUCCUGGAGUCUAUCUCCCAAAAACUAAAUUAACGUCUCUCCCUCUGUUUGAAGCUUGUAAACCGGGGAAGCCGUUUAAUUAUUGCUAUGAAUAAAUAGUGAAAAGUGUGUGAACAGUAGACACUGUGAAUGUGCAGACUGGCUGUUAAUGUUUGCGCUUUUAUCAAGACGUUUUUUUUGUGUUUUUUUUUAAAUUCACCUGCUCUUAUGUCACAGCUCAGCGUUCAUGUUCCAUAUGUAUCUGUCCUCUCAUACGUCGCAAUAACUUUCCAGCAGAAAAAUAAAUAAAUGGAAGGAGACAUUGCACCACAAGCAAUACAAUGUAGUGAAGUGAAAAGUUUAAAAAUGACUGCCUUGACAAGACAAGGAAUAAAGAACAAAAUACUAUAUUCCAAAAAGAUUUUACUUUUUCCCCCCUUCAUUUUAUUCAUUGGAGUUUGAAUAUAUUAAUUCCGCUCUUUUUUCUUUUCUUUCUUUCUUUCUUUUUUUUAAAAAACCCAAAUAAACAUUUUUGUGUGUAA